AUGGAGGAAGAGGAAGCGCAGGUUUACGACGUCGUCGUCGUGGGCGCCGGCCCGGCCGGCCUCGCCACCGCAGCCCGUCUCCGCGAGCACACUCCCGCCGCCCUCUUCACCGACGAGGAGCACCGCCGCUUCCACUGGAUCAACAAGUACGGCCGCAGCAUGAGCCUAAAGCACGUCAGGAGCGGCAAGGUGUCGGCGGCGCGGCGCAGCGUCCGCCCCGAGUACAAGAUGCUGGUGCUGGACGGCACCGACGACCAGUGGCUGGGCAGGUGGAACGAGCUCUUUGGCUUGUACGACAUCUCGCACCUGCGCAGCCCGAUGCUGUGGCACGUCGACCCGCUGGACCGGGACUCGCUCCUGGCCCACGCGUACGCGGAGGAGCGGGAGCGCGAGCUGGUCGAGAUCCGAAACUGCGUGGGCAGGGAGAUGAGCAAGCAUGGGAGGAAGAGGAGCCAGCAGCAUUGCGGGAAGAAACAGGAGGCGCGUGUUGCCAUCAACUUGAGAGAGCGAAACGACUACUACACGCCCUCGCAGUCCUUGUUCCGCGACCACUGCCAGCAGGUCGCUCGGCGGUACGCGCUCGUCGGCGACAUUGUGCGAAAGGACGUGCUUGUCGACCUGGACUACGGCGUCGUGGGCGGCGUCGUGGGCGGCGUCUCGGAUGACCAGCCUCUGUUCACGCUGACGACGGCGUCUGCGCGGCAGCUGCACGCCAGGACCGUCGUUCUCGCCGUCGGGCCGGGCAACAAGCCCGAGAUUCCCAGGACGCCCUCCAUGCCGGCCGCCCCGCCGCAGGCCUGCCACAGCCUGCAGAUCGAGACGUUCCCGGACCCCCUGGUGCGGCAGCGCAUGGCGUCGGGGCGCCCGACGACGGUGCUCAUCGUCGGCGGCGGGCUCACCUCUGCGCAGCUGGCCGACCUGGCCAUCCGCCGGGGCGUCGGCCAGGUCUUCCACAUCAUGCGCGGGCCGUGCCGCGUCAAGCACUUUGACGUCGACCUCGAGUGGAUGGGCAAGUACAAGAACGCGGAGCAGGCCAAGUUCUGGCUCGCCGACUCGGACCAGGAACGGCUGGACAUGAUCAAGGAGGCCCGCGGGGGGGGCAGCUUCACGCCCCUCUUCCACAGGAAGCUGAAGAAGCACGCGGCGGCCGGGCGGCUGCACCUGCACGAGCGGACCAGCCUGGCGGACGCGGUGUUUGAGCCGUGCGAGCCGUGCGCCCCGGGCGACGGAGCCGGGGCCGGGACCGGGACCGGGGGCGUGUGGAGGGUGCGCACGGAGCCGCCGCUGGACGUGCCGCCGGUCGACUACAUGUACUUUGCGACGGGGGUGCAGAGCGACGUGGCGACGCUGCCGUACCUGCAGACGAUGCGGGCCAAGUACCCCGUCGACAGCGUGGGGGGGUUUCCCUGCAUCACGGAGGAUCUGAGGUGGAGGGCGGACGUGCCGCUGUUUGUGGUGGGCAGGCUGUCGGCCAUGCAGCUGGGGCCGGCGGCGCCGAACAUUGGAGGAGCAAAGGUGGGCGCGGAGCGAGUGGCGUGGGCGAUUGAGGACGCGAUCGGGCCGGGGGGCGGGCCGGCGGACGGGCAGGGCCAGGCGGCCAUGGCGGGAUACUUGUCUGGGCAUGGCAACAUGUACAGCGCUCUGGCGGCGUGA